UUACAAGUCACUUCAGAUGCGCUACACCGACGCGAUUUUAACGAUCAAGUUAUAAGGGAUUCAUUUGUGUUGGAAAAUGAGGGCUCUGAUAAUGAUUCUGAUCCUUAUGGAUUAUGUUAAGAAAGAAGCCUCGUCCACCCAAUCAUGUCGACCACCUCCAGCUUGCAAAGCAUGUCGUAGCCAUCCAUGUGAAAAUGGCGGUACAUGUAUACCCGUGCCAAACAGCUAUACCUGCCAAUGUCAGACAGGUUACCAAGGCAAACAAUGUGAGGAAGAAACAUGUCGUAGCCAUCCAUGUGAAAAUGAAGGUACAUGUAUACCCGUGCCAAACAGCUAUACCUGCCAAUGUCAGACAGGUUACCAAGGCAAACAGUGUGAGGAAGAAUCUCCAACAACAGUGGCAAACAGUGGAUUUCAAACGGAUUCAACACCUAAAGAAGCAACAACAACAUUUACACCACCGGCCACAAGUACGAACAAAACAACUGCGACGAUGAUGACGACAUUAUCAAAAGGAAGUUCGACUGUCGUAUCAAUAGAAACAGCUACAUACUCAACACAAACUUCCACUGCGCCAACAAGAAAUGUAGCAGAGUCAGUUCCCGUAUCUAUCAUAGCCGGUUCUAUUGGCGGAAUUGUCCUUAUAGUCUUGUUAACAAUUGGACUCGUGAUCUUUUUCAGGGAAAGAAAACGGCGUCAUGCAAGUGAUGAUACGGAAAUCGACUACACGAAAUAUAGCAAUGAUAUCCAUUCUAACCCAACCUAUGACGCACUUUGUGCACCGUCUGCAGACAAGGUGCCGACUUUUGCCAAAGAUAGUGGAUUUGAUAAACAUGAUGAGUCUGUGGAAGGCAAUAUGAUGGAGGGUGAAUACAACACAUUGCGGCUACACUUUCCUGUUAUCAACGAACCGCAAGAUAACACGUACAACCACAUUGGAGGAUCUCUUACUGCUGAUUCGACGUACUCACACAUUCCUAACGCUAAAAAUGCCUUGUUCGACAAUACCUACUCGCACAUGUCCAAUGUUUCACAUGGUAAUUCUUUGGAACCCGAAGCUAAAGAUGCAACCUAUAACCACUUGGGAGACUCUUGUUCUAGCAAACGUAAAGGCAAAACAGAAGAAAGUCGCGACGAGACAUACAACCAUGCACAAAUGAAUCGUGUUCGUCCAACGGCAGAUCAAGUAGAUCCGGGCGAUAAUUAUUCGCACAUUAACCUAUCUGGAUUGAAAGCUCAAAUGCCAAAUGCUGACGAACAUCGUGAUGAUGCUCGGGAACCAACAGGCAAAAAUGCCAAAUAUGCUAAGGCAAACAAUGUAACAAAGAUCGUUGACAAAGAGAAGAAACAACAUGGUGACUCUGGAAAAGAUUCUACAGCAACUGCAGAGGGAGAGAGCAAUUCUGAAGGUCACACUUAUUUUGUUCUGGAAUCCAAUACUGACCAACAUCCUAAACAAGCACCAUUCGACUAUGAAGUAGUGGCAACGCCAGAGAAAAACCAUAGCGUGUUCACGGUAGUGGAAACAGAUACACAGCAGGAAUACUUUGUCAUUGAGCCAACAACUGAGCUGCAGUAGAAUGUUACACAGAGACAUUGCAAUAAAAUUAAGGUUCGUUACACAAGACAAAGCGUUAUUACUAAACAAACGCAUUUAUCGUCGCAAUACAAUGAAAUGUUUCACACAUGCAAAGGGAUUGAUAUGUAUCAGGGGUCAAUGUAUAUUUCAUAUUGUAUAUUUGUUCAAUUAUAUUCCCUAUCUGUAUAGUGAAUUUUAUCUCUAUUAAACUGUGUUUUACGAAUUGCUUUCGCGGUAUUGAAUGUUGUAAACGAAAUUAUAUCUUUAUAAUUAUGUGAGAAUGGGAGAUUGAUUUGUUCUCAUUAACACCAUUAAAUGGAUUUGACUUUUGUAUGUAUUUGUUUAAGAAAUGUUAACCUCUUUGUAGAUUUUUUGUGUGAAAAAAUGAAAUAAUAUGCAUAUAGUAUUGAUAAAUAUAAAAUCAAUUCAUAAUUUGGAAAACAGAAAUCAGAUCUUUGAUAUGUGUAUAUUGUUAUGUUUGUGCAUAUAUAUUGAUGCUAUGAUGGUUUGAUGAUCGAUUAACAUUUUAAUAAUUGAUGUACAUGACAAGUUUUAUUAUUUGUAGUUCCCUGCCCUUUCUAUGAUAUGUUACACUAUAUGUUUAAUCUUAAUGUAAAUAAAAUAUCAACCAUAUCAAAGUAUUUAAUCAAUAAACCUUGAUGAUGUUGUCCACAAAUGGUAGAUAAUAGUUGAACAUUGAUAAUUGGAAUAUAGUUUGAUAAACCAAUACGUUUACAAUAGUGUUGUAUUAUAUACACU